GCUCUAUUCAGUUCGCUUCGCGACGUCCUCGAAACGAUCUCGUCCUCUAGGUUUUAAUCCCUCCGGCAGAACAGGUGUCUCCAGAAGUGCUCUAGUGUCAAAUUUAUCCGUUUGUAGCUUUUUGUUUCGGACAAUUUGGAUGUGAAUUGAAAACGAUCGGAUCUACAACAUCGAGUGAAAAGUCAAGACGUAAACCAUGGCCUCGCGAUUAAGAAAAAUCGGCAUCACGGCGGCCGGCGUCGCCCUAGGAGCCGCUCUGUCCACCUACGCCCUGAAAAGCAGUGACAUUUCGCCGCAUCACGUUCAAAUGGAAGAGGUUCAACGGGUGCGCCGCAAGCGCACGCUACCGUCACGUGCGGAACAGGUCAAAGCCCUGCAAAGCGGUGAAGAGUUCGAUGUGCUGAUCAUAGGUGGCGGUGCUACCGGAGCUGGAUGUGCACUGGACGCGGUCACCCGUGGACUCAAGACGGCUCUGGUGGAACGGGAUGACUUUGCCAGCGGCACUUCGUCCAAGUCCACCAAGCUUAUUCACGGUGGUGUGCGAUACCUGCAGAAGGCCAUUCUAGGGCUAGACAUUGAACAGUACAAGAUGGUGAAGGAAGCGUUGCAUGAACGUGCCUCUAUGCUGAAAUCGGCCCCUCAUUUGACCAGGCCUUUGCCGAUCAUGUUGCCUGUAUACACUUGGUGGGAGAUCCCGUACUUCUGGGUGGGUAUUAAAGCCUACGACUUUGUUGCGGGUGAUCGCAACGUGAAGAGCUCGUAUUAUUUGUCCCGUGAAGAUGCCUUGGAGUUGUUCCCGAUGCUUCGUGGAGAUAGACUGCGCGGUGCCAUAGUGUACUACGACGGUCAACAGGAUGAUGCAAGGAUGUGUUUGGCAAUCUCGUUGACAGCUGCUCGCCAUGGUGCUGCUAUCACGAAUCACGUUGAGGUAACGCAGUUGUUGAAGAAGAAAAAUGAAGCCGGCAAGGAGGUGCUGUGUGGAGCUAAGGUUCGGGACAACAUUACGAAAAAGGAGUGGACAAUUAAGGCCAAGUGUAUAAUCAAUGCAACUGGACCAUUUACGGACUCGAUUCGUCAAAUGGAUAAUCCAACGGUGAAAUCCAUUUGUUGCCCAAGUUCGGGUGUUCACAUUGUGCUGCCAGGAUACUACAGUCCAGCGCAGAUGGGACUGCUUGAUCCGUCGACUUCGGAUGGUCGUGUAAUCUUUUUCCUGCCAUGGUUGAAUGGUACGAUUGCCGGUACUACAGAUGCUCCGUGCGACGUUACGCCAAGUCCGGCACCCAGCGAGGAAGAUAUCCAGUUUAUUCUGAGCGAAAUCAAGAACUAUCUCAACAAGGACGUUGACGUGCGUCGAGGUGAUGUGCUAUCUGCGUGGAGUGGUAUUCGACCGUUGGUGUCGGAUCCGAACAAGGGCGAUACGCAGUCUUUAGCACGUAACCACAUUGUCCACGUAAGCGAUUCGAAUUUGGUGACUAUUGCCGGUGGUAAAUGGACGACCUAUCGGGCUAUGGCUGAGCAUACGAUGGAUGCUGCCAUCAAGGCUUGCAAUCUGAAACCGGAGCGUGGAUGUGUCAGCGAUGGACUAUUCAUCGAAGGGGCCCAGGGAUGGACACCGACCAUGUACAUUCGUUUGGUGCAGGAUUUGGGACUGGAGGUUGAGGUUGCGAAACAUUUGGCAAUCUCGUAUGGUGAUCGUGCGUUUGCUGUGGCCAAAAUGGCCGCACUUACUGGCAAACGAUGGCCUAUUAUCGGUAAGAAGCUGCAUCCCGAGUUUCCGUACAUUGAUGCAGAGGUUCGCUAUGGAGUUCGCGAGUACGCGUGCACCUGCGUCGAUAUGAUUGCACGUCGUCUACGUCUCUCGUUCUUGAACGUGCAGGCUGCCAGUGAGGCAUUGCCGUUAAUUGCUGAUCUAAUGGCUGAAGAGCUGAAAUGGUCGAAGGAUGAAAAGGAGAAACAAAUCAAAGACGCGGAACAUUUUCUGCAAACGCAGAUGGGACAACAGGUGAACCGGCAACUGAAGGAGAAGAUUCCUAUUAAUUUGUCUAAACCAGAAGUCGACCAAUACACGAAACGCUUCGAAACUAUCGAUAAGGAGAAAAAGGGAUAUGUUUCUAUUACGGACAUCAAGCGUGCCAUGAAGGCAUACGGUGACGAGGAAGUCAGUGGUGAGGAACUGCACGAAAUUCUACGUGAGAUCGAUACCAACAUGAACGGACAGGUUGAAUUGGAUGAAUAUCUCCAGAUGAUGUCUGCUAUCAAGUCGGGUUACAUCUCGCACUCACGCUUCGCUGCCGUUGCCGAACAGGAGGAGAUUCGAAAGGAGCAGGAGCGACUACGAAGGCAGAUCACUGUCGACCGCUCGGGUGGUGGUCAACGAAAGUAAACUAAAGCAUGAGGACAAACCUGUCACUGUUACUUAAAAACACUCUCACACACAAACAUGAAUCCCAUCUUGUAACUUAUCAAGAGCUAGGCUGGAUGAGAUGUAAUCAUCUCCACUACCUGAUGAUUGACGGUAGUUUAUCCCGCCCAUUUCUGCAUCUCUCGAUGUACAUAUUUAUUCCAUAAAUUAUACGAUAAACGGCCCACCGUCGAACCGUUGGAAUUGGUCAACAUUGAAAGACCGUUGAAUUGGGACGGAUAAGUUGUUCCGUUGCGAUUUGAUAGGAUAGGAAAUUGUUCCGCCAAGUUAUUUAUUUAAGUACAACAAAACGACUAUUAUUUAUGGAUAUAAUCAUCAUCACGAAUGCAUUAGCAUUAUUCAAACGAGUAGCACAGAUCGAAUUGUCUUCGGAAAUAAAGUAAGAUGUCGGACAGCACGGAUAUACGGAAUUGCGGAUGCGUAAAAAUUCAAAUUUGGGUUUCAAUGCGAUGUAUUUAUUUUGCUGUCACGGUCCAUGAAAACACUACGUAAAUCGAAAUAUAAGCCUUUAUCGUUUGGGUUGUUGUUGAAAGGUGUGAUUACGUUGUUUCGAAACAUGUUUUUUGCAUUGUUGAACUGUACUAAAUAAAUAUUACAAACUGUUUUAAUGAUUGUUGAACCAUAUUUACGAGGAUUGCAAAGUACUGCUUGGAGCCAUAGUUUUGAACAGUGUAACAAAUUUGCUAAUCAAUUUAUACAGUUUUGUGUGAAUCGGAGAUAAAUCGUGUCAUAGCAUCUGCCAGGAUCUCUUUUUUCGGAAACUCUAGAUGUGAGCUGACAAAGAAUAUUCAAUUGAAAUACAGAUUCAUUGAAAUUAA